CGGGUCUUCAAUUGCUUAAACCAGCGAGAGAACACCGGAACGUAGAUAGCAGGUAAGUUGAUCGGCGAGGUGAAAUCUACAGACAUGUUUUCCGAUUCCACAAAGGAAUUCUUGAAAGAAACGAUGGAGGAUGCGACGUGCAGGCACACACGUCAGGUGCGGCACUGGGAGGAGGAACAAUGAAUCUUCGGGUUGAUUGGAGGUAUUCACCCGCUCCCGCAUCCCUGAAAGUUGAGUGAACAGGGUCCGUAGAACUGCGUUCAGAAUGCGGCAGAGCAGAUCACAUGACAAACACGAGGCACCCUGGGAUAUCACCUGAUCGUGACUCGGAUCCCAAUCCCUGUCCAUCAUCACUUCGCUUGUCCCUUUCCGCUCUUCACUUGUCUUGUGCUCUCUUGCUCUUUCCUCUUUUCUGCUCCGCUGGGUGGCUCUGCUCAUUCAAACCACCCAUCGAUGGCCAUCGCUUUCUUCUCCCCCACCCAGAAUGCGGCCGCUGCCGGAGCGAAGGCGACGAAGACAAAGACGAGCAUCAAAGUGUUUGUCGACUCCUCGCGCACGCGUCUCGCCGACGCUGCAGCCCUCUCUUUGUUCCAAGAUGAGGCCGCACGUCGCAGGGGCAACAGCAGGACCAAGCGCCAGUGUUGCUCUCCUGAGGCGCCUAGACCCGCCCCUCUUCAGACACCCAACCCGAACCUUGCUUCAAACGACACGACCACGCCCGCAAAACGACACUCUCUUUUACCUUUCCGACGCUCUUCCCCUCCACCCUCUUCUGGCCGCAAGUCCCCGCCGACGUGCACCGUGUCCUUCGCCAGUGCCGGCGUCACGCGCCCGCCUCCCGUUGCGUGCAUCACGUUCGCACCCCACGCAGCAACCGAAAACGACAUCGGCAAAUCCGCUCCAGUCCCCAUCCCCAGCCCGAUGACGGAAAAGGGGCCCAGGGCCGUGCCCUUCCCUACGGACGAGCAGAUCUCGCCCCUCGCCCUGGACGCGCCGCACGUCCUCCAGGUCCCGUGUCGACCGCGGGCCCGGACCGUGCAUGUGCAGACUCCGCCGCGCCCAGCCACAGCCGCAGCCACAGCAGCCCCACCGCCGACGCGCCACCGCAGGACCAAGUCGCGGCGGGACUUCCCCGUCGCGCCGACGCCCGUCGCCGGGAAACCUGUGCCGCCGCCGACACAGGCGGAGCUGCGCUUCUUGGCGCUCGUCGAGCGGAGCCUCCGUGCGUACGGGGCGGGGGUGGAGCACGGGUGGACGCUCGCCGAACUGGAUAUCGCAGACAAGGAGAACGCGCGCAUGCAUGAGGACGUCAUGAUGACGCCCGCGGCGACGUCAGUGGAGCUCGCAACGCAGGACGCCCGGCUGGCCGACCGUCUCCGCGCGAAGCUCGUUGCGCACGGCUGGCGACGGGGUCAGCACGCGGGCUCAGGCUCGGUCUCAUCGCCCCCGCGCCCGCGAGGCAUCCUCCUGCCCUCCAGUCCGCCCUCAGUGGCUGUGCUAUCCGGAGCGCGUGACCUGCGGGCGAACACGCCCGCGCCAAAGCCGAAGCUGCGCUUCGUGGAGGCUGCGGCGGAUGUCGGAUUGCCGGCGCGGCCGAGAUCGAGAUCCCGGUCCUCAGGCAGCACACCUGACACGCUUCCGGUGGACGCGCUGGUCGCUCGGCUCUUGUUGAAACACGGGAACCCGGACGCGUUGAAGAUCCGGCGGGCUUGUGUGCCUUCUAGCCGGGCUGGGCGACAGCUUGCGCCGCCGUCCCCGUUGAGGCAGGUAGCGCAUGCGGUGUAGAUUCGAGGUCGAUGGCUUUACUGCCUCUCUCAUCUGCACUGCAUCCUCUCCUUGCCUUUCUUGAUCGCCAUUUUCUUCUUCACCCGAGGCUUGCCUUCUGUUUCCAAUCACGAGCAUCUCGACGAGCCCCUCGGACCCUUGACGGUUGCAUGACAUGAAUGACCUGACCUACACACGUUCAUCACGCACUUGCAUUACAUUACAUUGUAUGUAUAUGACCUGCACGACCCCCAUCUCCGAUGUCUUUAGCUUUCGCAUCAGCAUGUAGUCUGUACACCUUGCUUUCUUCUCGUCGCAUUGCUAUCGUCGUCGUCCCGAACUCGGUGUGUGACCUUGGAGUUUCGUGAUAGUGCUCUGCCUCCGUCCACGCAUGAGGCACGGGUAUCGCAUGGGCAGUCCGCUGGCUGAUCGGACGCAACUCUAUCAGUGAUCUAAGAUCCAUGCGUGAUGUCGUUUCACUCCUCUAGUCUGGGUCAGGAAGAAACGCUUUAUUCCUUGAGCCUCUUCGGCUGGGAGCGCACCAUCACACCGCUGUAUGUGCUCGUUGUGCGGCCUCGUGUUCGAGUAAUGUAUGUCUUUUGCUUGACUGCCGCGCCUGGUUCAUAACAAUGUGAUGACAGGCUGUGUGUCCCAUGUGCUUCGGUUUCAUUUCUCAUUUCCAUUUCCGGUGUACUUGGACGAUUCGGACACUGUCCACGGAUCUCGCAUUAGUACACCAACAAAGUGAUGCUCGAUCCUGAUGUGUUACCGCAUUUCAAUCGUUUUCUGCACUGAUAUCGAGCGGGAGACAUCUCAAUUUGGACGGUACGUUAAAGAGCCUAGAGGUACCCAAAGCACCAUCACAAACACAUAACGAUCAUCCCACAUUCCCGUGCAAACGAUAUCGUAAUAGAAUCUCAGGCCCCGUAGAUGAGACUUCUCGCACUUCCAUCUCUUGCGCGUACCGAGCACUUAAAGGGCGUGGGGUGGCUGCCGAUACGAGGGAUCAAGUCAGACUACGGGGCUGGAACGACAGACACAAAACACUGGACCCACAUGACCGUCUGAGUGGUGAAUCCGAGCGCGAUGUCGAUUUCCUUCCCUUCGCUGUCGUGCGCUUUUCCGAUGUCAAAGACAGACAAAACCGCGCUGCAGAACAGAAACAGGGAUGAUUCGGCCAAUAGGCGGCCUGUUUCGACCAGUUAGCUCCGGCAACCAAAUAAGAUCGGGCGGUGAGAAGUACCAGGGCAGAUGCUGUUCCCAGCGAAUAAAUGGAGUGAGCAGGGAUCCGAUAUCUAGACGGUCCACGCACCGUCGUCCAAAUCCGAAAGACGUUUUGGCCGGAUUUUCCUCAGCUGGUUUGUCCUUCGUGGCGAUAAACCGGGUCGGGUCGAACUUGUCCGGGUUGACAUAUCGGUCCGGAUCCCGGUUCAUGUUCCUGACAAGGGUAUGUUUCAGCGUCCCAAGCUGGACAGGAAGACAAGAGCAAGUUGCCAGAUGUUCGGGACGAGCAUGGCGUCCUUGGGGAUCAGCAUCGGGCCGGUCGCCGACUCGUACACGAAAUCCUGCUUCGCCCGGUGGGGCAAUCCUGGCGCCUGUUUCAGACCAGUUGCGAAUAACGAGGGAACGGACCAACCCGCCGGCGCUGAGACGAACCACCGCAGGACCUCCUUGCACACUGCAUCGACGUAUGGCAGACUGGACUGGUCCUCGAGCGUGGGCAGCCUGCUGCGUCCCACGACGGCGUCGAGCUCUGCUUGGGCCGCACGCUGGAUGUCCGGGUUCAGUGCCAUCGCGAGGAAGAAUCCGGAGAGCUGCGAUGCCGUCUACGAGCAGGGAUCAUGUUAGUUUGAUGCAGUUGGAGAUGGCUGAACACGGACGGUGUCACUGGCUCCUGUCCCGAGAGCGAAUGCUGCUACUGUGGUCAGAAACUCGUCUUCCUUCGUCUCUAUCAUGGACGACGCCAACGACCGCUCGUUGCUCUCAUGCGCCUAUAGAGAUUCUUUCGGCUGAGAUUGUAGUCGCAAGCAGGAUGGGCCCACCAUGCGCUGUUUCACAAGAGUUAUCCCCAUGUCUCUGGUGUAUUCUAGGUGCUUGCGGAUUUGCGCGCCGACCCGGUGGAAGUCGCCGCCGGGGAGCCACGACGGCCAGUGGCGCA